ACAGGCAUAUUGUAAAAAUCCAAUCUAAUCAUUCUUGCAGUUCUAUGCUAAACUUCUACUGUCUCCUUUGGAUACUCCUUUACAUUACUUACGUUUACGGCGUAGAGCUUGCGGUUCGUGGAAAAUUUGUUUGUGUUCGUCGGAGAAAUAUCAUUCCUAUAGAUGUGAAAUUGAUGGAGGAAGAUUUUAGCGGUGUAUGGCUGUUAAAUAUGAUCGACUCGGACGAUAUUCUGGCGCACGAUUCAGCCUCCUAUGGCGAGACUUUUUUAUUGACGGGCCGUGAACACGAAUUUGGCGGGAUCGAGCCCUACAUUGAAGCCAUCCAUUACUGUAGAGGCUACCGAGAAGUGAUCCAAAUUCCUUUGAAUGUAACUAAAGACGAUUCAUCACAACAUAUCGGUAACUACGUACUGGACCGUCGGCGCCAUACUGUCACUGCUCAUCCGCGUCGACGUCAUCGCAAUGUGAUGAAGCAUAAAGGUUAAAUCCUUAGUAACAAGUUGUUACUGUUGAGAAAUCGUUAGGUCAUAACCGCUCGAUUGUCAGUGAAAGAUUCAUUGGUUGUAGAUUGCUGUUGUUAAUCCAUAAACUGCCUGUGAUUGAAAUGAAUUAGCAAUUUAUGUUUUUUUAUCAAUGAAAUUUCAUAUGUUGACUUCCGCUGGAAGAGAGGGAGCAUUUGUUAGAUCUAAUGAACUUUUUGCUAUAGGUUAA